AUGACUAUACUAGAAAAAGUAAACUUGACCACAGGGACGGGUUUUGCUUCGGGACCUUGUUCGGGAAACACGGGGUCGGUUCCAAGACUAGGAAUCCCUAGUUUCUGCUUGCAAGAUGGCCCCAAUGGUGUACAUGCCACUGAUUUUGUUACUCAUUAUCCAUCUGGGUUAGCCACCGGUAGUACAUUCAACAAGGCGCUAAUGUAUUUGAAAGGAAAAGCAAUAGGAAGAGAAUUUAGAGGCAAAAACGUUCACAUGGCACUUGCGCCUGUUGUGGGACCCAUAGGGUUGAAAGCACAAGGUGGGCGAAAUUGGGAAAGUUUCGGCGCAGAUCCGUAUCUACAAGGUGUUGGUGGAGGGCAAAUGGUGAAGGGAAUGCAAGAAGAAGGUGUGGUUGCUGUGGUGAAACAUUUCAUUGCCAACGAACAGGAAUACUUUCGUCAAGAAGGCGAGCACCCCGCUGACAUUGUGGCAUCUAUUAGCUCUGAUAUCGACGAGCGUACUUUGCAUGAAGUAUUCAUGUGGCCCUUCGCCGACGUAGUUAGAGCAGGAUGCGGCGGAAUCGUCUGCUCUUUCAACAGAGUGAACGGGACUUACUCAUGUGAGAACUCGUACUUGCUUGGAAAAAUGUUAAAAGAGGAAUUGGGAUUUCAAGGAUUUGUCGUUUCUGACUGGGGUGCCCAGCAUAGUGGCGUCAAUUCGGCUCUAGCAGGGCUCGAUAUGUCUAUGCCUGGCGAUAUCUAUGAUGAAUGGCUAGAAGGGAAAUCUUUUUGGGGAUCAUCUUUAACGAAAGCAGUCUACAAUAAUAGUGUCUCUCAAGAGAGACUUGACGAUAUGGCUUCUCGGAUAUUGGCUCCGUUUUUUGCCUCUGCUGGCCUAUAUCUCCCCAUGGAGAACGAAGUACCCAACUUCAGUUCGUGGACUUUGGACACAUAUGGCCCCCAAUUCCCAAUCCAAAAAACUGGUCCUAUCGUGCAGCAAAAUAAACAUGUUGAUGUGAGAUCUACUUUUGGCGAUGAUAUUGCACUUGGUUUGGCUCGUGAAGCUAUUAUCCUUUUAAAGAAUGAGGGAAACAGCCUUCCAAUCCGCAAGAAUAUACGGAAAAUGCUUGUUGCUGGUUUGGGCGCUGGUCAGGAUCCAGAUGGGUUGAAUUGCAGAGACGGCACUUGCAGCAAUGGUUUCCUAACAUCUGGUUGGGGUUCCGCUGCAGUUAGAAACGCAUUGACUAUUACACCUUUCCAAGCAAUAGCCCAAAAGGCCCACCUGAGGGGAAUACUCGUGGAAUACAACCACAAUAACUGGAAUCUAGAGGCAAUCGAUGAAAUGCAAGAAGUUGAUAUGGCCGUUGUAGUGGUGAAUGCUGCAUCAGGAGAGGGCCAUAUAGAGAUUGAUGGAAACUACGGCGACCGCAAGAAUAUUUCUCUCUGGCAUAAUGGAGAUGAAUUGAUCAAACAUGUGGCAGAAAAGUGCUCAAGGACCGUUGUCAUUGUCAAUGCAGUGGGACCAGUGGAUAUGGAGCCAUGGAUAAACCACAAAAAUGUCGUAGCUGUGCUCUUCACCGCUCCCCUUGGGCAGUUUGGAGGAGUGGCAUUAGCAGAAGUUUUGUUCGGCGAAGUCAAUCCUUCUGGUAAGCUCCCUUUUACUAUUGCUAAAAAGAAGCUGCAUUAUGUUCCAUUGGUGACAGAGUCAGAAGAUGAGGAACCUCACGAUGACAUGAAGCGUGGCUUCUACUUGGAUUACAGAUACUUUGAUAAGCACAGUAUUCUGCCCCGUUUCUGCUUCGGCCACGGCUUGUCUUACUCGGAAUUUGUAUUCUCUGAUUUGCGUAUCAAAGAAAAGAACCAGCCGCUACAGUUCUUGUCGCCCGGCAAAAACUACUUGCCUGUAACUAGUCGGAACAAAGAAGAUAACCGUGAUCCUGAAGAAGCGUUGUUCCCAGAGAAUCUACAAAGGCAACCUGGUUUUAUAUAUCCUUACCUCGAAGAGGAAAGUUUGUCAGAUCUGGAUGAGGAAGACUUCAGCUAUCCCCCAGGUUAUUCCACCACACAUCAAAGUACACCCUCUACUGCAGGCGGAGGUCUAGGCGGGAACCCAAGUCUUUGGACACAGGUGUACGAUAUCAGCGCACGAGUCACGAACAUUGGCAGAUAUGGAGGCGCCUAUUCAGUCCAGUUGUAUAUUGAGUUCCCAAAUUCCGAAUUCAUUUCUCCUCCCAAGAUUUUACGGGGGUUCGAUAAAGUUUACUUGGAACCUCAUCUGAACGGCACUGUUCACUUCCCUAUAUUACAGAGGGAUUUAAGCGUAUGGAAUACAGAAAAGGCACAAUGGGUUAUACAAAAAGGCGUCUACAGAAUCUCCAUAGCUAGCUCAAGUGAAAAAGUGGAGCUCUAUGGUGAGAUUGAUCUUAGUGGGUAA